GGACUCAAACUCUCAUCCCCGCUCCCGACAACUCUUGGUCGACACCUCGCUACUGAACACUUGAGCCUCCGUCCGACUUCAUUUACCAACCAACCAUGUGUCACGGACAUCCCCAUUACCAUUCCUGCGGCCACCAAUCUGUGACAUGGCACUACUGCCCCUCGGCGCUUAUUGAUUUGGAAACCGGUUAUGAGACGCCAUGCUCCAACAUCACGUUUGCCGCCUCCCAGCCAUCGACAGCAAGUUGUCCACUAGCAAACUGCGACUUUCGUAGUGCGAGCGGCGGCGGAUGGACAUGUUGCAAAUGCGGGGGGCGUAACCGCAGCGGAUGGUGCAUGAACAUGUCGCCCAAUCCGAGAUGGGACAAGAACCCCAUCACGAACGAGUGGGAAUGGAUCGAGAGGUGCGACCAUGGGUGUUGCCGCAGCUGCAUCAAGGAUCCUCAGGCUAGCACUGGUGAGUCCAGCCGCAAAGACGGAAGAAAGGGGAAAGAUUCGCGGAAAAGCCGCCAAAACGCCCCGGCCAUCGACCCCGGGGCUUCAUACAAUAUCAUGCUGGACUACAGCAAAGAUGGAAGAGCUCCUUCAAGAAAGAAGAAGGACUCUAAGUCGUCAUCCCACAGGGAGAAGUAGGAGACAUUCUGUCAGUGCAGAGUCAAGGAGGAUGGUAUGGUGCAGUGGGCGGGGACGCGCUCGGCUUGAUUACAGGAAAAUGACGGCGGUGCGCUCUUGGCUUCCGAGACGGAAGAGGUAGGGAAGAGUUGAAAAUUGCGGCACCUGUGCUUUUCUGUUUCAGGCUUUCGGAGCAUACAUGCGGCGAUCGGAGACUGGAAAGACUCGCAACGGCUGGCGGCGAACUUGAAGCGAAGUUGAGGUGGUCGGUUUACCUUGAUCGGGCGUAAGCAUCGUAUGUACCGCCUCAAAGCUGCGGUGAGGAC